AUGUUGUGUAGGAGGUCGGGUUGUGUGUGGCUACUGCAGCAGUCCAUGGGCCAACAUCCCAGUGCACGUUGCAUGCAACGGCAGGCUCAAGAAGCUGCAAGGCUUGAAACUGCCAGACUGGCUGCAAGAUUGGGUCAGUUGAUCUCCGAUGCAAGGCAGCAGCUGUGUGUUAUCAGGUUUAUGAUCUGUGUUACUGGGCUCUGGAGGCAGAAGGCUGGCAGGCGGGUGUCUGAUAUGUGCUGCCUUGCUGCAAGGCUCAGCGACCUCAAGGGAGCACGAGGGCCUGAGUGCAGCAGUGGUGCAGGAUUUUGA